AGCAGAGGAGCUUUCACAUACAGAUGAAGUCAGCGUCAAGGCUUAUUUUACUGUAGCUUGUAGGCAGCACUGUACAUCACUGGUUGGCAUUGGGAUCUCUCUUGUUGUGUGGAGUACAGGAUCAGAAGCAGCAAAUGUUUCCGGUCAGGCAGCCUUGGCUUUGCAAAGCCUUAGGUUGUUAUGAUUGCUGUAUCCGCUGCCUUGGGGCAGUGCCCUACCCGUCCCUGGUGGCCACCCUGCUGUGCUAUGCUGGCAUGGCAUUAUUUUGUGGCUGCGGGCACGAGGCGUUGUCCCAGACCGAAGUUCUCGUCGAGACUUACUUCGCCCGCAACGUUCAAGACUUUGUGGUCAUGGCCUCCUUUAUCAAAUACUUCCAGUAUGUGAUCUAUGGCCUGGCGUCAUUUUUCUUCCUCUAUGGUAUCCUGCUGCUGGCUGAGGGGUUCUACACCACCAGCGCUGUCAAGCAGACUUUUGGUGAAUUCAGGAGCACCCACUGUGGCCGCUGCCUCAGCCUGACGUUCAUCAUAGUGACGUACAUCUUGGCCUUCAUCUGGUUGGCAGUGUUCGCCUUCACCGCCAUCCCAGUCUACUUCUUGUUCAACAUGGAGCAGACCUGCCACAACAUCAACAUCCUGGCUGAAACCACCCCCAGCAUUAAUCAGCACGGCUGGAUUUGCAUGGACGCCAGGCAGUAUGGUCUGCUUCCUUGGAAUGCAAUGCCAGGCAAGGCUUGUGGGAUGACCUUGGCGUCUAUUUGCAAAACCAGCGAAUUCUACGUCACCUAUGACUUGUACAUUGCUGCAUUUGCUGGUGCCGGGGUUACUCUCUUAGCACUGUUUCUGUAUCUGGCUGCAACUACCUACAACUACGCAGUCUUGCGGUUCCUGGGCAGGAAAGGGGUCCGCUAAGUGCAUCUCCCCCGUCCCAGUAAACCCCAAUUCUCUGGCUAUGAUGGACAGUCAACUUUUAGACUUCCAUUCAUCCUCUGGGAAACAGCGACUUCCAAAUGUGGAUCACCUGCUACAGUAUUUCUUUAGACGUGUCCAAUAACAGACAAAUGUUUCUCAUCACUGUUUUGUAUGAACAACAGACAGAGAGAUGAAGAUAAUUCACAUCCAGCAGCGAGCUCCGGCCUUCUUCCCAAAACCUCCUCUCAGAUGAUUCUCUUAGUGUUGUUGUUCAUUACCUCUUGCCAUGUUGCAUCUCUUCUUUUAUUUGUUUUCUGAAGCUUCAUUGGUGCUGAUGCUGUUGUCAGAUUAUGAUGUAUGAUGUCUCAUAAAUAAUUAAGAGCAAUGACAGCUCGCCCCUAUUGUCAUAACUGCAUGCACUCCGCUUUGUGUUUACUGAUGCAUACAUUGGUUCUGAAUAUGAUUUUGCUGCUGCCUCAUUAUCACCAUCUUGUAUAGCAACAUCGUGUGAACUACAGCAAGGGAGGCUGAAUGUACCAAAGUUCUCUACAUGGGUUAGGUGUAUCCCCUCGUCUCCCUUUGUGCUUUCACUUACAUGUACUUUGCAUUCACCCAUAAUGCAUUCUUGCUUCAUUUAAAUGCCACUGUGUAGGAGGGAAACAAAGACAUGUAUCAAUUUUUCAGGAUGUGUUUGGGUUACUGCUUAAAAUAAGCUAUUUUUGUGUUACUGAGGUGUUGAUGCUUCAAUAAUGUGCC